GAUAGAAUCAUGGGCCAGGUAAAAUUAUGUAGCGCCCUGCAUUUGGCACCCAGGCCUUGAGGUUGAUACCUGUGGUGUAAAGAAUAUUUCCACAUGGGCUCAGGAUCACUUUGUCCAAUUUUCUUUGGAAUUUGGGUUUGCAAAUGGAUGGAUGGAGAAGUCACUGAUGGUGUAGUGGUACAUACGGCUGCCUUUGGUGCGGGCACCGUGGGAUUGAUUCCCAAUCAGUGAUCGUGUCGAUAUCUUCCCUGUGACUGACUGACUGGCGACCAGUUCAGGGUGUAGUCUGCCGUUCGCCCGGAGCGAGAUGUGAUAGACUCUAGAUUUCCCGUGACCCUUGUGGGGAUAAGCAGCUUGGAUAAUGGAUGCCUGGAUGGAUGGGUGUAUAGGUGGAUGGAUGUUGCUUUCCAGAAACCAUCAAGUCUCACAGAUGGAUUUACCUGACAGACUCAACUCUGGGCAAACAUCUAAACUUUUCCUGCUCCACUACGCCCUCUAGCGUCUAUACGCCAGAAGGAAAAAAGUUGCCACGACUGCAGCAGCUGAACAAGGUCGCUUCACCAACAUGUGGAAGUUAGUGAGCUACUACACUCUGUGCGUCUUCGUGUGCUCUCAUCUUCGUUUGACGAGCGUUCGGGCGGACGAUGAGGUGAAGAUCGAAGUGGUGUACCAGCCCGAGACGUGCGAAAAAAGGAGCAAGAAGGGAGACCUGAUGAACGUCCACUACGACGGCUUCCUCGCCAAAGAUGGGUCGCAGUUCUACUGCAGCCGACAUGACAAAGCCGGCCACCCGCAGUGGUUCAUCCUGGGCGUGGGCCAAGUCAUCAAGGGUCUGGAUAUUGGGAUGGUCGACAUGUGUGCGGGGGAGAAGAGGAAAAUAACCGUCCCACCGGGCUUGGCCUUCGGAGAGAAAGGCAAAGGUCCUGUGCCACCAAAUGCGACAGUGGUAUUUGAGGUGGAGCUUUUCUCCGUGUCCAGGGGUCCGCGCAGCAUGGAAGCUUUUGGACAAAUCGAUGCCGAUCAAGACCGAAGUCUCACAAAGACCGAGAUCAAAGACUACUUGAAGCUGGAGUUUGAAAAAGACAGCAAGCCACGAGACGACUCCUUCUACGAGAAGAUCAUCACAGACAUCUUCCGCAAGACCGACAGCGACAAAGACGGUAUCAUCAGUGCCAAUGAGUACAACAUUUAUCAACACGAUGAGCUAUAGUCCUUUGUACUUGUAGUAUAUUGCCCCACCCCCCCAUUCUUUUCAUCUACAAUGUUUUGGGGUCUGAAGGCUCUGAAGUUUCAACUAUCAACAGUUGUACACUUUGUACAACAGAAAUAAAACUUUACAACAUGAUAGAGGUGUUUUGGUACAUUUAACUCUCCUGUUACAUUUGUUUUUAAGGAAAAACAAUAGCUUGACACAGGAGUGUUUUUCUAAAAGCGUCAGAAAAUGGAAUAAAAAAAAAUCCAUCAAAACCCCUUUUUUUUUUUAAAUGUAAUUGGAAGAAAUGACCUGCGGUAUGCCCAAGUAUCCAAAACCAUUAGGAACAGAAUAGACCCCCCCCCUAAAACAGUUUAAAGGAAGAGAAAUAAUUUGACCUGAGGUGUGUCUACCCAUAAGUGUCAUCAACAAUAUUUCCCCUUCCCAAAUAUUUUUUUUUUACUUUUCUGUCUCAGGAGCAGCAAUAAAUACCCUUGGGUAAAUAUGAACCAGUUGUUUACCUGUCCAGAUGUGUCAGAAAUCACAAACAUGUUUAUAUCUUGUAUUGUGUUGUUUUAUUGUUAGCAGUGGAGCUAACAACGAAUGCCACUAAUCAUUUUAUAUUGCUGUAUCUGAAAUGAACCAUUUUCUGUGUACUUGGAGAGGGUUAACUGGGAAAAAGUUGCCAGAGAUGGAGAUGCUGUAAUUGAACUGAGUGAAAAAUCUGCAUUUGAGAUCUGUGAAUAUUUUAAUGUAGUCAAGAGAAAUCAAAUAAAAUCCGACAAAUUGUGUUGACAUGACAAUGUCCCCAUGUUCUUUGUACAGUGACACUCUGACAACAGGACAAACCUGGCAAACGUAUUUCAGAUGUCAAGAUUUCCUCAAUUCCCCUGAAUUAAGAAUUGUGUUGACAUUUUAUUUGAAGGCGUACUAUAUCCACACUAUUGAUCCUGGUGAUAUUCUCAUAGUCUAUGACAGGGGUUGGGAACCUUAUGGCUGAGAGCCAUAAAAGGCAAACAUUUUAAAAUGUAAUUCCAAAAGAGCCAUCCAAUAUUUGAAAAACUUAAUUCAAGGUGUUUUUGUGCAUUUAAUGUAAGACCAACACUUUAAGAGUACAAUAAGUCUCUAAAUAAAUUUAAAUAACAUUAUACUGUUGCUAACCAAUGAUGACAAGUACUUUUUAUCAUUAAUGUGACUUCUUUGCUGAUGGCUUAGUCGUCUGUUUCAUACGUCAUUAAAUUAAACUUCAUGCAACCUUUGAGACUUCCAUCUGGUAUUCAUGAAUGUAGGUGGGUUUAAUGUUUUUUUUUUUUUAAAUGUGAGAAAGACUUUUCAGAAGCACAGGUAUAACCAAACAUUGUCAGUACAGCAAUAUGCACACGCCACAGUGUGUGGUAAGUGACGGGAAGUGCGUUCCAAGUUUUCACAAUCAGCUGGUCUGCAGGUUGAAUUUUUUUCAGUUGUCACCACCUAUGUGCAUUCGCCAACAGAGGCAUGUCAUUCUGUAAAAAAAUGAAUAAAUAUUCUGGUGGUGGGCAGUGCAUAAACACUCUGCCAUUAUAAACCACAUUGAUAGGCUGCGUAAGCACUGUAACUUUUGUAAUUAUGAGUGCACCCCUUUACGAGCGAAAGCGGGGGCGGUGCAAAGUAAAUUAGGAAGAAGAGUGUGUGUCCGUCAAUUGUUGGCCUCACAGCAGGUCAUUGUUCGAGAAAGUUACAUGUAGUGCCAAAAUGUUAAAAAAAAAUUAAAAAAAAGUCAGGCUGAUGUCUUUGCUUAGUGUUUCACAUUGAAAAGAGCA